GCCCCUAUAAGCUUGUGAUAUUAGAGUGAAUAAUCUGUUGCUAGGCUCAUAUAACUGUAUUAAAAUGAGAGUUUGGUUUCUAGUUCAAGUAGUCCUGUUUGAACUUUAAUCACCAGACUACAACUUCAUACAUCAUCACUAGUUGAAUUUAUAUAGAAAGAUGAGACGAGAAAAGCAGAACUAAUAAUAGGCAGUGAAGAAAUAUUAAGAAUCAAGAGGUUCUACGCUGAACAAGAUAAAUUCAAGUGCUACUGAAGGUAUGAGGAUGAUUGACACAUCUUAGCUACCCAAACUUUAGAUGAUUUAUUCUUUUUGAGAAGCAUGAAUGAAGUCUUGAUUGGCAUAAACGCUCUUUCAUACCUUAGAGUGUGACAGUAUAACUCAUGACUGUUUGGAGGGGCUGUUCGAAUCAGAUGAUAGCGAAUUCAUAUAAUUGUGUAAAGAUUGAGCCCAGUUUCCCAGAAGAAAUGGGACGAACGCCAAUGAAAGAAAUCAAUAAUAUAGAAUCAAGCAUGCGAGUUGAGAAUGCCGUUCAAAAUUAUGAACACAGUAUCCCUUCCCCAUACACUAAUUCAUCAUAUUCGGAUAAUUUCUCGAACUGCGCAAUCAAGAACGAUUAUCCUACUUGUCAAUUACCUGGGUAUACUUACUAUUCUCAGAGUGACAUGAUAAACUAUUCAUUCAUCCCACCUCAUAAUUAUUCAUAUGAUCAUAAUUAUUCACCUGCACAUUCGAAUAAUACUCAUCAUCCGUUCAGUUGUCAUCAAACUUAUGAUUGUUAUUCAUCGUAUUCACCUAUCCGAAACCAAAGCCGAGUUUUCCCCAGUAAAGUUGAAUCUCCGGAUAGUGAUACUGAAAACAGUUGCUUUUCGAUCAAAGAUGAACAGAUAAAGAAAAAAUAUGCGUGCACAUUUCCUGGUUGUGAGAAAAGAUAUUUAAAGUCAAGCCAUCUAAAAGCUCAUUAUCGAAUUCAUACUGGUGAACGUCCAUUAGUUUGUGUAUUUCCUUAUCCACGUAAUAUAACUGGUAAAAUUCCGAUCAAUUCAUUGACUAUACCAAUAUGUGGGAAAACAUUCGCACGUUCAGAUGAAUUAACGAGACAUUUAAGAAAACAUUUAAAUUUACGACCAUUCAAGUGCAAUUUAUGCUCAAAAUCAUUUAGUAGAUCUGAUCAUUGUAAAACACAUCAACGUACUCAUUUACAUGGUCUAGAUAAAACAACGACUCCACCUUCCAAUAACCAUACUAGUAAUGAAAUAAAUAACGAUUUUAUUCAUUCCUCAACACAUUUUAUAACAUCAGCAGAAGUGGGUGUGGAUUCUUUCAUUAAUUCUUUACCACCAACAUCAUUGUCAUCAUCAUCACAUAUGUCAUAUCCGAUGAAUACAGAAUAUUCACAAUCAUUAAGAUCAGAUUCUUUGUCUUUAACAUCCUCUUCUAUAAAUCAUAUUUCUCAAUAUGAACACUACAAUAAUUAAAGUGUUAAUUUCGCUUUCUUUCUCUUCAGUUAAUUUAAUUAACAAUGAAACAGUGUUUUCGGGAAACCCAAAACCCGGUGAUUAUCAUAUCUUUCGUUAUUUGAAAUAGACUAAUAUUUAU